CAUUAUCCCCUCCACACUUUGUUCUUCUUUUCACUCACUGAAACUGGAGAUAGGGAAAUUAAAUAACAUCAAACAGCCAUUAAAAUCGGAAAAAAUUAAUUAAAAUUGUAAAGAAAAAGAAAAAAUGUCAAUCGCACUCUCAUCUCUUACCUCCUCCUUAUCUUCACUUUCAUUUUCUUCACAAAUUUCUCAAAAACCUAACAAUGUCUCUGUUUCCUUUUCAAAGUCGAAAUCUCUUUCAGUCUCCUUCAAACCAUCUCCUGCUCAGCUUCGUGUCUCCGCGACCGUUGCUUCUCCGGCUGAACCACAAACUGACGACCUUAAGAAAUUGGUGAAAUCGAGGCUUCCCGGUGGUUUCGCUGCUCAACCUAUCUUCGGCACCGGCCGCCGUAAAUGCGCCAUUGCUCGUGUCGUUCUUCAAGAAGGCACCGGACAAGUUGUCAUCAAUUACCGCGACGCUAAGGAAUAUCUUCAAGGCAAUCCAUUAUGGCUUCAAUAUGUGAAAGUGCCAUUGGUUACUCUAGGAUAUGAGAGCAGCUACGACGUGUUUGUGAAAGCUCACGGAGGUGGCCUCUCAGGUCAGGCACAGGCAAUCUCACUUGGCAUUGCUCGCGCUUUGCUAAAGGUGAGUGCUAACCAUAGAUCCCCUUUGAAAAAGGAGGGGCUCCUGACCAGGGACUCGAGGAUUGUUGAGAGGAAGAAAGUUGGUCUCAAAAAAGCUCGAAAGGCUCCACAGUUCUCCAAACGUUGAAACUUGGUUUUUCUUAUUGCUGUACCUUUGAAUUCCAUCUUCCUUUUUCUUAGUACAUUUUUUUAUGUGAAAUUAAUCAAUUUAUGUAGGAAGUAGAAAAACUGAGACGUUUACACUGUACGCAAAUAAUAUUUAAAUUUUAUCUUUAAUUGUUUUUUUUGUAA